AUGAACGACGAAGAGAAAUGGCGUGCAGCAAUUUGGAAGUCGCCGGCCCCCCAAAAAGCGAUUGUCACAGCAUGGAGAUUGAUGCGAAAUAGGCUCCCAACUUGCGAUAACUUGAGGAAGAGAAGUAUUGAUUUGGGAGAAGAAGAAUCCAAGUGCAGCGAAUGUAAACUCCUUCCAGAAUCGACAAAUCAUCUGUUUCUUAGGUGCCCCAAGAUAGAGGAAGUUUGGAACGAGCUCCAGAAGUGGCUGGGAGUGGAAAUGGUGCGUCCCCAAAGGGUUGAAAGUCACUUUGGUACGUUUUCUUGCUUCGGGAAAGAAAAAAAGAUUAUAAAGCUAUUGUCUGCUAUUUGGGUUUGUUGCGUUUGGAUUCUUUGGAAGAAAAGGAAUGAGAAACGGUUUGAACGUAUGGAAUGGGAGUCAAAGAACAUCGUCACGGAGAUCAAAAUUAGAACGUGGUGUUGGAAUAAGAUCUUCGGGAUAGUUGGAAAGGAGAUGGAUCUUUCUUGCUGGUGCUCUAAUGAGCUGAUCAAAACGGUUUUGUAA